GAGAAACAUAGAGAGAGGGGAGAGAGCAAGUGGAUGAGGGAGAAGGAGAGAUCUAAAGGCAAUUGUUGCUUAAAAAAAUUUCAUUUCUGUUCUAGAGGAGCCAGCUGGGAUUGGAUAUUGCAGGUUAAACCGCACCAGGCAGAAGAUACAUCCAGACCGCUCAAAGGGAUGGCUGAGUUUAAAGAGAACGCUCACUACAAGUCGCGGUUCACAUAUGUGGCAUCAAAAUCUCAGUGGAGAGCUCUUUGUUGUCUUCUGUAGGAGACAGUUUCUUUCUCGGUAGGAGACGGUCAAGCUUUCUUUUGUUUUACCUGGGAAAGUUGUGGACAAUAUGAGGAACUUAGUCGCUUUGAGACAGCCUGGGAUUCUACUUCUUCUGGUCACAUGUCCUCUGCUGACUAUCCUGAAUGGUGUAACCUGUAAGGCAGAGAGUGGACACUUAGGGGACAAUGAUCCUGACAGGUGUAUGAGACAUCAUUUUGUUGAGACCAUCACACAUCCUAUCUACAAGUGCAAUUCAAAGAUGGUUCUCCUGGCUCGAUGUGAGGGUCACUGCAGCCACACGUCCCGCUCAGACCCGCUGAUCUCUUUCAGCUCCGUCCUGAAGCAGCCUUUCAAAAGCACGUGUUUCUGCUGCCGUCCACAUACCUCCAAGCUGAAGGCGGUACGUCUGCGAUGCUCGGGCGGGACACGUAUAACCGCCACUUACCGUUACAUCCUUGCGUGCAGCUGCGAGGAGUGCAGCUGAAUAAAUUUGUCAUGGAGAAAGACCCUCUGGCUGAAACACACAAAAAAAAAGUUGAAGGUACACUUUAUUGCUGAUGAUUCAGAACAACCAUUUUACGAUUCAUUAGCGCUGCCGCAAUGUUGCCAACAACCCAUCAAGACUUCAAGAAGAAUCACAUCACGUGUAAAGUGGCGCAUGCACUGGGAUUUCCAGAUGGCGGCCCACCCGUCGCACCUGCGCAUGCGCUCGGCCAGUCAAUUUACUUUUACUGCAUUCCAUUGUUUUGAUCACUGCGUGUGUAAAAUAGCAAAUGCCGACAACAAAAUCGUAAAUCUUGAGGGAAAUUUGAUGAAGCUGAAGGGGGAGUCACUUUGGUGGACUAUGUUUUACAAUAUAUGAGAGACUUGAUACACAGACCAGGACAGAAAUGUUUGCAUAGACAAUGCAAGUGGUAUAUAUAUGUUUGAGUUAUGAGUCUAGGAUUGAAAUGGACAAUUCACACACCUCAAGUCAGGUUUGGAAUUGGUUGACAAAAUUUCGGAGUCUCUGGAAUUGCCCACGUUCCAGCAUACAUUUUUGCUUCAUUAUACCGGCUUAAUGAAAAAUACUCUUGUAAAGCUCAUAUUGCCAAUUUUAGACUUUGACUGCGACUGUGGGGUUCACCGCAAUCUACCUUUCCAGACUGUAUGUGGAAAAUAUCAGCAUUAAGUCUGUUUAUUUCAUCAUCAAAGUCUCACAAUGGCUCAUGACACAUAAUAGCAGCUGGUUGUCAAGCACGUACAGUUAUAAUAACUAUGAUGUUUGCAUUGUGGAAUUGUACAGUAAAUGACGAGUACCAUAUACACAUAUUAAAA